AUGGAGAACUUAAAAAUAUUUAUUAAUUAAAUAAUUAACACUUAAAUAAUUAAGAAGAGUAUUUUUUUUAAAAAAAAUAUAUUUAUUUUCAUUUUUUUUCUAAGAAUUGGUAAAAUUAACAUAUAAGAUUUUGAUUUUCUAAAAUUGGUAAGUAAAGGAGCUUUUGGACGUGUUUGGAUUGUCAAAAAGAAAAAUACGGAAGACAUAUAUGCAAUGAAAAUAAUAAACUUUGCAGAAAAAAUGAAUAAAAAUCACCUUAAUUCUUUAAAAAAGAAAAUGAUAUACUUUCUAAAGUAUAGGGUGAUUAUGUUGUAAAGGCUGUAUAUUCUUUCACUUAUGAGUCUUAUAUUUGUUUUGUUAUGGAAUAUAUGAUUGGCGGAGAUCUAGGUUCUAUUAUUUAGAGUUAUGGCGUAUUAUAAGAAUAUGUAGCUAGAUUUUAUAUAUGUGAAAUUAUAUAAGCAGUUUAAAGCUUGCAUUAAAUAGGAAUUAUACAUAGAGAUUUAAAACCGGAUAAUUUAUUAUUAGAUUCUUAAGGACAUUUAAAAUUGACUGAUUUUGGUCUUUCUGAUAUGGGUUUAUAGAGAAGAAAUAAAUAUGAGAUAAAACAAUAAAGAAGAGAUGAUUUAAAAAUGCUUAAUUUUUCUAAAGAAAAAAAUAAAGAAGAAUAAUUUAGUUAAGAAAAUUUACUUAAGAAUAAAAGCGAUUUAUUAGAAAUGAAAAAAAAUUUGGAUAAUCUGCAUUUAAAAAAAAUGAUUCAUGUACAAAAUAAUAAAAAACCGAGAAUCAUCGGAACUCCAGAUUAUAUUGCGCCUGAAAUUUUAAAUGGGAAAGGAUUGAAAAACUCUGCAUGUGAUUGGUGGAGUGUUGGUGUUAUUUUGUUUGAAAUGUUAAUUGGUAUACCACCAUUUAAUGACGAUUCAGUAGAAAAAAUAUUCGAUAAUAUCAAUAAUAAUAGAAUUCCUUGGGAUGAUAUACCUGUAGGUAAUAAAGAAGAUUAAAUAAGUGAAAAUGCUAUAAAUUUAUUAAAGGGGAUUCUAGAACCAAAUCCUGAUAAAAGAUUCGGAGUAAAAGAAAUUAAAAAGCAUCCAUUUUUUAAAGAUGUAAAUUGGUUAAAUCUAUCAAAAACACCACCUCCUAUAGUCCCUCAAGUCAAAAAUUUGUUUGAUACUUCUAAUUUUAUGAAAGGAAUUAUAUUCAUAGAAGGAGAAUAAACGGACCCUUUUUUUGGUUUACCUUAAAAAACUGAAUAAAUGAAUGAGGCUAAAAAAAUGCUUAAUUAAUAAAGAUUUUAAGUAAAAAGAUAUGAUGUUUUAUUUUAAGAAAAUUAAAAGCAAGUGGAUUAAAUUGAUGAAUAAAUAAAUGAAAUAAUGUAAUAAAUGUAGAAAAAUCAAUAAGAAAUAUAAAAUUUAGAAAUUAAUUACAAAGAUGAAAAAAUUGAAAAUAAUUUUUUUUGAAAUU